GGCACCUCUUCUCCGUAGACUCGAAACCUUAUCGCGCUAGAUAGAGCGCGAAGCCUCACUGCUCGCCUGCUCACGACACAUCGCGAAUGUACGUACGUGUAGAUACACACGUAGAUGGCGUGUGUGUGCGCGCGCAUUAUACAUGUAACGCUUUCCUGGAAAAGUUUGACGGUACAUACACGUAGAUUAUGGUUAAUCUCUCGCACAGGCGCGAUUGUCACGAUGAGACAUCGUUGUAUACCGAAGAGUCCGCGUACCUGUCGUAGCGUGAGGAACCGAGCUAAAACAAAACCGAAAGAUGACAACUUGGCAAGCACCUGGUGCGGGGUUCUAUCCAGGGCAACAAGGUCCGUAUCCCCAACAGAACCCCGGAUAUCCACCAGUGCAGGAGGGCUAUCCGUACCCUCAACAGAAUCCAUAUCCACCGCCUUAUUCUACUGAUCCACCAGGUCCAGGAUUUAUACACCCUCCACCGGGUGUGCCACCGUACGGUCAGCCACCGCCACCGCCAGUCGGUCCUGAAUUCGGAGGAGCACCGCCAUCAGCAGGGAUGUAUGGAUCCGGUUACGCGGAGGACCCUCUGCAGGAUGAGGUCAAGGGGUUCGAGUUUAACGACAAAACCAUUAGGAACGGCUUCAUUAGGAAAGUAUACAGUAUCCUGAUGUGUCAGCUCCUCAUUACACUCGGGAUGAUCACUCUGUUCCUCUAUCAUAAACCAACGCAACAGUGGGUCAGACAACAUACAGAAUUGUUUUGGAUCGCCUUCGCCGUAACCAUCGUUCUGAUCAUAUGUAUGGCCUGCUGUACCAACGUGAGACGCAAAGCUCCGAUGAACUUUAUAUUCCUGUUCCUCUUCACGGUGGCGGAAGCCUUCCUGCUGGCCACGGCUGCCUCGACUUACAAGUCCGAGGAAGUGAUGCUGGCCGUCGGGAUCACGGCAGCGGUUUGUCUAGGAUUGACAAUAUUCGCGUUUCAGACGAAGAUCGAUUUCACCGGAUUAAGCAGCGUCCUGUUCGUCGCCAUAUUAAUAUUGCUUAUUUUCGGCAUCAUCGCGAUGAUCUGGCCGGGAAGAACGAUGACUUUGGUCUAUGCGUCACUCGGCGCGCUGAUAUUCUCUCUAUAUCUAAUCUACGACACGCAAAUGAUGAUAGGCGGAAAGCACAAGUACUCGAUCUCGCCGGAAGAGUACAUCUUCGCCGCGUUAAGCCUCUACCUAGAUGUCAUUAACAUCUUCAUCUACAUCCUGACUAUUAUCGGCGCCUCGCGGGACUAAUCGCGCUGCAAUACCUUUUUCAAUACUUUGACUUAUUGUGUUACAAUUACUACGGGACACACAGUCAGCUUUUACUUAUCGCCGUCCGGUUGCUCCGGGUUCUCCGCGAAUAUCGUCUUGAUGAGCGCGCGCACUGUAGAUGAGCAAACGAUAACGCGCAAAAAGGACAUAAUAUUGGCAAAACUUUGAUUUCUAUGGAGAUAGCUUUUACAUAUUUACAAAGAUUGAUGUACACGAACAGCACGCUUUGGACUCCGAAGCCUUUUGUCUAGUUCCGUAAGCCAUAACUACAGACAAAGUAUUUCCUAUCAUCUUGAAGAGGUAACUCGAUAACUUGUAAUAAUUCUUGUAAUUCUUCUUGGUUUGGCAGUUAUUAAGAUUGUCGUCAUCACGAUAGCUUUCCGUUCCCUUUCCUUAUUCGUGGUUGAGUAUUUAUUUUAUUUUUAAUUCCCUUUUGCUGCAUUAUUUCGAUAAGUGUAUAACGUAAUCAUUGUCGGAAACGUUCAUUAGAAAGAUGAGAAGAUUAAAUCUUUGUAUCUAUCUAUUUUUCUUUAACGGAUCCUUUUUUAUGUGAUCAGUAGGUGUAUACAUAUAAUUAAAAAUAUCGAUUAUUAAUACAUAAUUAUUAUAAAUAUUAUAUAUAUGUCUCUUAGUGUAAUAAAAAAAACCCGAUAUUAGUUAUACAUAUAUAGUAUUGUAUUAUCUGAACUUGACUGUAACUCCAGGCAACCCAAAAAAGAUACCUGCAACCUGCGGGGUUGCCCGUAUACAUAUAUACAUACAUAUUUAGAUGCUCGAGAUUGUGUUUAUUCUUUGUUCAUGUUUGAAUAAUAAAAACAUACGAUUAUUCUCCAGUA